GCAUAAGAAAUUUUUUACCUAAUUGUUUUUUAGAGAAAAAUUAAAAAUGCCCUUUGAUUUAUCAAAACUGCCUAACAUACCUUUGUGGAUUAUGACCUUGAUCAUAUUUGUUAUGUCCACAUGGGCUGUGCUUGGUGCAGUGCAAUGGUUAGGUUUUGGAUAUAUAUUUUCAAAUUACCUCGUUGUUUUUCUUGGUUUUUGGUCAGAUCGAGAUUAUCCAUCUGUUAAACCGGUUCAGUGUUUCUUAUUUGCUCUGUGCUUCACCAUUUUAAAUGAUAUUUUAUCAAUGGCUAUUACUUAUGAGGUUUUACCAAGUGUAUCCAUAUUUCGCUUCAAUUUAGCCAUGGCCAUUAUGUUAUUAAUUUUCAAGGUUGUAGCUGGUCUUUUUAUAUUUAAAGAAUUGAAAGAAAGAGUAAAUGGUGCGAAUGGUUUAAAUCAAUCUAAUUACGAAACUCUGGGAUCUGGGGGCAAUAUUAGUCACUCGUAUGGCUUCAACGGGCAGUCACAAGUUCCUCCACCUCAGUAUCAGCCUCCAAAACCGCUAUAUCCUUGAGAAGGUUAUUUUAAACCAAAAUGAGUUAAAA